UCAGUCUCUCUCUGUCCCUUUGAUCUGAUCGUGUCGCCAGUUUCCUCGUUCUCCGUCAGAACCGAGCUCCCGUCCGGUUCCUCCGGUUAAUGAGCCCGUUUGCCCGCGCGCUGACAGCGACCCGGUGACGAAACAACACAUUUAACCUAAAGUGUGUUUCUAAAACCGUCUUCUUCGCUGGAUUUCGGCUUCCACCUGCUAACUGGGAGACAACCUGUCGCCGCUCACCUGUUGUCGCCAUGUCCGCAGACAGCGGAGCUCAGCGGUAGAACACAGGCCACAAACUGCGGUGAAGACGGAAUAACGAGGACCGGGACCGAGCAGCGGGGACUCUCUGCAUCAUGGAUUCAUUGGAUUCGGGACAGAAGUUCAGUCCGAGACAGGACCCUGACUGGGACACGACGCUUCAGUUCCUGCCGGCGUCAGACACCAGGCAGCUGGAGAAGAAACCCGGCCGCAGGAAGAAGCUGUGGAUCGGACUCGGGCUGCUGCUGUCAGCCGCCGCUCUGGCUCUGCUGACCGGACUGCUGGUCUGGCACUUCCACUUACGCAGUGAUGUCAGAGUGAGGAGGGUUUACAUCGGGUCCAUGGGGAUCACGAACCAGCGCUUCCUGUCAGAGUACGAAGAUCCCGACAGCCCUCAGUUCACUGACCUGGCUACUCUGGUCAGCCAGCAGCUGAAGCUGAUUUACUCCAAAAACUCUGUGCUGAGCAAAUACUUUAAAGGCUCCACAGUCCAGGCCUUCAGUGAGGGGGACGGCAGCGACAGCGUCAUGGCGUAUUACCAGUCGGAGUUCGACGUCCCCGUCCCCCAGCAGACUUCGCUGGACGAAGCCAUCGAGUCUCUGGAGCCGCCGGCAGGAAGUCAGCAGGGCCGACAGGGACGGGUGCUGCUGAGACCCACCGACGCUCUGAACGUCAACAGUGUCAUCUCACGAGCCAUUGAUCCUCGUCUGACCAGGAAGUCUUUAUUUGUGAGGAAAUCCUUCAACAUCCACGUCAGGGAAGCGGGAAUCAUCCAGUCUCCGGGGUUUCCAGACUCUUCGUACCCACCGAACAUCUACCUGCAGUGGAGGCUUCGGGCCGACCCCGGCCACCGAGUCCGGCUGGACUUCCACACCCUGAUCUUGGAGGACGACUGUCAGCAAGACUUCAUCAAAAUCUACAACUCCCUGGCUCCGAUAGAGCACAGCGCUCUGACAGAACAGUGUGGAUACCCUCAUGACUCCCUGUCCUUCCUGUCCUCUGGAAACGUCUUGUUGCUGACUCUGGUCACCAGUGAGGAGAAGAACUUCCCCGGCUUCAGAGCCAACUACUCCCAGAUCCCUCUGACUGAGCAAAACUGUGGAGGGACACUGGCUGGAAACAAAGGCUCCUUUUCUUCACCUUUCUUUCCCUCCAACUAUCCUCCACAAACCACAUGUGUGUGGAACAUCGAGGUCCCAAAGGAAAAGUUUGUGAAGGUUCAGUUCAACAAGUUCUUCAUGGGAAAUCAAAGUAACCAGUGUCCUAAUGAUUAUGUUGACGUCAACGGUCAAAGACUGUGUGGCAGGACGUUAAAAAGCACAGUGAUCACCAGCCAAAGCAACAAGAUGACCAUCAAAUUCCACUCAGACUCCUUUUACGUUGAUCAAGGUUUCACCGCUGAGUAUGAAGCAUUUGUCCCAACAAACCCUUGUCCAGGAAGGUUCCAGUGCACCAACAACCUGUGCAUCAACAAGACUCUGCACUGUGAUGGCUGGAACGACUGUGGAGACAGCAGCGACGAGGACAACUGCACGUGUGACGUGUCUCAGAUGAAGUGUCAAAAUGGACACUGUAAACCAAAGUUCUGGGAGUGUGAUGGGUCUGACGACUGUGGAGACAACACGGAUGAAGAAAACUGUGUAAAAUGUAAAGCAGGAGAGUUUUCCUGCAGAGAUGGCCGCUGUAUCCCAGAGAAGCUGAAGUGUAACGGAAAAGAUGACUGCGCCGAUGGAUCUGAUGAGUCUAAAUGUGAAAAAUCCCUGGUGCUGCAGCGGUGUUCAGAGUUCACCUUCCGCUGCAGGGACGGACGCUGCAUCAGUAAACUGAACCCAGAGUGUGACGAAGAGCAGGACUGUGAGGACGGCUCUGAUGAGGACGACUGCCAGUGCGGGAUAAGGCCGUACCGGAGCUCUCGUAUCGUGGGCGGUCAGGAAUCGAGGGAGGGCGAGUGGCCUUGGCAGGUCAGCCUCCACAUCAAGGGCACAGGUCACGUGUGCGGAGCGUCGGUGUUGAGUCGCCGCUGGCUGCUGACCGCCGCUCACUGUGUCCAAGACAACGGACCAAACAAGUACUCGCAGGCGGACCAAUGGGAGGCCUUGUUGGGUCUGCAUGUGCAGAGUCAGACCAACGAAUGGACGGUGAGGAGUAACAUAAAGCGGAUCAUCGCCCACCAGGACUAUAACCCCCUGUCCUACGACAACGACAUCGCCCUGAUGGAGCUGGACACCGAGGUGACCCUGAACCAGAACAUCUGGCCCAUCUGCCUGCCCUCCCCCACCUAUGACUUCCCAGCAGGCCAAGAGGCAUGGAUCACUGGCUGGGGAGCCACCAGAGAGGGAGGCGCUGCAGCGACCGUCCUGCAGAAGGCGGAGGUUCGGAUCAUCAACAGCACGGUGUGUAAGAGUCUGAUGAAUGACGAGGUCACCGACAGGAUGCUGUGUGCCGGAGUCCUCAAAGGAGGCGUGGACGCUUGUCAGGGUGACUCCGGUGGGCCUCUGUCAGUCACCGGCCCCGGUGGGCGGGUCUUCCUGGCUGGCGUGGUGAGCUGGGGUGACGGCUGCGCUCGCAGGAACAAACCCGGCGUCUACACCCGAAUGACCAAAUACCGCCGCUGGAUAAAGGAGAAGAGCGGAGUGUAACACACUGGGUCUCUGGAUCACGGGUAUUCCUCAUGGAUGCUUAUGGCUGGA